UUCCUUUCUUUCAAUUUGACUCAUUACCUUCACUGAAAGCUUCAUGGUUUUAGGAAAUUGAUACUAAUCCUACAAUGGAAUGAUGGAUUGUUCAGUAAUGACAAGCAUAUAUAUCAAAUAAAGUGGGGUACCUAUAUGUUUGGUUUGAUUAUGAUACUAAUUGAUUGAUUAAGCAUGCAUCAUUAAUUUGCAUCCAAUAAUACAAUUUAUAUUUUUUACUGUUUUGGAUUUGAAAAUACGAAAAAGGUGAGGUAAGAGAACUUGAAAAAGUAGAGACAUAGUGUGUGAUAAGUAGGAUGGAGAGGACAAGUAGUGAACCACAGACAGAGGCAAACAAUUUUGAGCUAUUUCUUCACAAACACCAUUUCAUUUGAACUUUACUAUUCUUGUCUAAAACUUAACUCUCAUUAUCGAGACAAUGGCAGAUCAAGAGGAAACUGAAGAACUCAAGCUUCUCACUGAAUGGAAGAGAAAGAAAGGUGGAUUUAGGGCUUCUAUGUUUAUUUUUGUAUUGUCAGCAUUGGACAACAUGGGUUUUGUGGCAAACAUGGUUAGCUUAGUUCUAUAUUUUUAUGGAGUGAUGCACUUUGAUAUACCAAGUUCUGCAAAUACUCUCACAAACUUCAUGGGUUCAACUUUCUUGCUUUCUCUAGUUGGUGGCUUCAUCUCAGAUACUUACUUAAAUAGAUUCACCACUUGCUUGCUUUUUGGAUCUCUAGAAGUUCUGGCUUUGGCAUUGGUUACUUUUCAAGCUGCUUCAGAUCAUUUACAUCCAAAUGCAUGUGGGAAAUCAAGUUGUGUGAAAGGUGGAAUAGAAUUCAUGUUUUACACAUCACUGAGUUUGUUGGCAUUGGGAAUAGGAGGGGUAAGAGGAUCUAUGACUGCAUUUGGUGCUGACCAAUUUGAAGAAAAGGAUUCAAAUGAGGCAAAAGCACUUGCAAGUUUUUUCAAUUGGCUUUUGCUUAGUUCAACACUUGGAGCAAUUACAGGUGUUACUGGUGUUGUUUGGGUUAGUACACAAAGAGCUUGGCAUUGGGGAUUUUUCAUAAUAACUAUAGCUUCUUCAAUUGGCUUUGUCACACUUGCUCUUGGUAAGCCUUUCUAUAGAAUCAAAACUCCAGGAGAUAGCCCCACAAUCAGAAUUGCUCAGGUUAUUGUUGUGGCAUUUAAAAACCGAAAGCUGUCACUGCCAGAGUCACACGAAGAACUAUAUGAAAUAAGUGACAAAGAUGGAACAGUGGAGAAAAUUGUUCACACAAAACAAAUGAGGUUUCUAGAUAAAGCAGCAAUUCCCCAAGAAUACAUUAAACCUCAACCAUGGAAAGUGUGCACAGUGACACAAGUUGAAGAAGUGAAAAUCCUAACAAGAAUGUUACCAAUAGUAGCUAGCACAAUCAUAAUGAACACUUGUUUAGCACAGCUUCAAACAUUCUCAGUACAGCAAGGGAAUGUAAUGAACCUUAAACUUGGUUCAUUUACUGUUCCAGCAUCAUCAAUUCCUGUCAUCCCUCUUAUUUUCAUAAGCAUUUUGGUUCCAAUUUAUGAACUUUUCUUUGUUCCAUUUGCAAGAAAAAUCACUAACCACCCUUCAGGAAUCACACAACUCCAAAGGGUAGGUGUUGGAUUAGUACUUUCAGUUAUAUCAAUGACAGUGGCUGGGAUAGUAGAAGUGAAAAGAAGAGACCAAAGUAGAAAAAACCCAUCUAACCCAAUAAGCCUAUUUUGGCUUUCAUUCCAAUAUGGUAUUUUUGGUAUUGCUGAUAUGUUCACACUUGUGGGACUCUUGGAAUUUUUUUAUAGGGAAUCACCUUCAAGUAUGAAAUCAUUGUCAACAUCUUUCACAUGGUUAUCAAUGUCUAUUGGUUACUUCCUGAGCACUGUUUUUGUCAAUUUGAUUAAUGUUGUUACCAAAAGGAUUACUCCUAGUAAACAAGGUUGGUUACAUGGGUUUGAUUUGAAUCAAAGUAAUUUGAACCUGUUCUAUUGGUUCCUAGCUAUACUUAGUUGUCUUAAUUUUUUCAACUACCUUUAUUGGGCCUCACGCUAUAAGUACAAAUCUGAAGACCAAAAUUCAAGCCCAAUAGGUUUGAAGAGUUUGCAUGAAAUGCCUCUCAAAAUGAUUGGUGGGACAAAACAAAAUUGGGAAGGUAGCAUUGGUGGACACACACAAGAUUGAAGAUUUUGGAAGCAUAGAGUGGAGACAAGAAUGGAAUGGAUCAGUGGAUGUUUUGGACUGAUUAUACUGAAUAGAAUAACCAUGAGAUUGCUACUAUGUACUAAGCUUUUGAUAAUGGUUGAUGUGUGUUUUAUAGUACAUGUGUGCUUGUAUGAUUGGUUUGCUAUUGUUGGCUCUGGCUUGAUCUUGUGUUCAGAUUUUAAAGGCCUUCUUUUUUGACUUGUUCUUAUAGUUAUAAGGUAAUUAAGUUGAUUCACCUUGAUUUGUAAUUGGCUGUUUAGUAAUUUUCAAUAGUAAGCACUACUUCAUAUAAA